GAUUUCUCACACUAAUCUAUGCGUAGUUCAAAGUUCAAUAUGUAGCCUCCAAAAAGUAUUUCUAUCUAUCCAAUUUCAUGAAAACAAAAAUAUCUCAGACAUCUCACAAGAAAGUUUGUAAAAUGACAGAUCAAUGAUAUUUUGUUUACAAAACCCGACCAACUAAAGCAAUACUAUUCUUUAAAAUUUGUUUUGAAGAAUUUACUGUGAAAAGUAUGCAGCAGUGUUACUUAAUAAUGUAGGAAUAUAUAUAUAAACGAACAAAGUCCUUUUUCAUUGAUAAACAGAAAAUUGUACUCGACCCCAAAUCUACUCGGAAUUUUUUUUUUUUUUUAUCAAAUACAGAUUGAUUUAAAUCAAAUCGAGAUUUAAUUAAAAAAAAAUGUAAAUACGUAUUUGAUACAAAAAAUAGAGAUAUCUUUUUUUUUUUUUUAAAGCUUUGAUUUCUAGAGGUAAUUUCGAUGGUGAAAGGUACAUCUUUCAGAGUAUUUGAUGCAAUUCAAUACCCUCUGGUUGAUUUUUUUACUCUCCAUUAUUCUGAACAGCGGAUUUCCUACUGCAGUGAUUAUACAGGGGUUUUCUUUGUUAUGUUAAACGAGUUGAUUUGAUAAGGACUGGUUAUUUGUUAACUAGAUAUUCACCUGUAUAACUUUGCUAAGGUGCAAAUUCAGGUGUAAAGCUUCUAUGGAUAAUUCUAUUCGCAUACGGAUACUUUUUUCUCAGUACGCGACGUAGACCACAUAGUGUGAAUCCAGAGUUCUUAUGUGAGGCCGAUGUCUGACGAUUUGGUCCACAUAGACAACAUGACCUAAAUCAGAAGCUGAUGCUUCGUUUUGCGGACAAUAAGUGCUCGAUAUUUUCAGAAUGUAAACAGUUAUGAGCAUCCUGGAACUAAGAAAGGAGAAAUCACGAGAUGCAGCCAGGUCAAGGCGAGGAAAGGAAAAUUAUGAAUUUUAUGAGUUGGCCAAAUUGCUUCCACUUCCUGCAGCCAUAACCAGUCAGCUAGACAAGGCCUCCAUCAUUCGACUAUCUAUUAGCUACCUUAAAUUGCGGGAGUUCUCUGGAAAUGGGGAUCCUCCGUGGAACAGGGAUCAUCUUACAGGAAACAAAUCUCUAAAAGGGUCUGGUAGACGAAGAAAUGUGUCUAACAUUGCCAUGGACAUUUUUGAUAGUCAUCAAGGGACCCAUAUACUUCAGUCUGUGGAUGGCUUUGCAUUCAUCCUUUCUAAUGAUGGGAGGUUUCUGUACAUAUCGGAGACCGUGUCCAUCUACCUCGGGCUUUCACAGGUUGAGAUGACUGGCAGUAGUUUUUUUGAUUAUGUUCAUGUACAAGAUCACCAAGAAUUGCUGGAACAACUAGGCCUGGGAACCCCUCACUCUGGGUCUGUGUCGGAUGUUCCAUCUCCAGACUCGCAGUCCGAUGGUGGCUCAGCGCCCUCUACUCCAAGGCCAUCAACUCCUCCCACCCCAGAACGCUCAAAUUUCAUGGCUCCAAAUGCAGAAAAAGGAUUAAAAAGGACAUUUUGUCUUCGUAUGAAGUCAACUUUAACAAAACGGGGUGUACACAUUAGGACAUCUGGAUACAGGGUGGUGUACAUCACUGGACAUAUUCGACAACAGUCAUGUUUUGGUGUCAACAGGAAAUUACAAUCUCACAUUAUGGGAAUGGUGGGAAUGGCUGUGGCUCUCCCUCCCCCUACCAUCACAGAGCUGCGUAUAGAGAGCGACACGUUCAUCAUGAGGCUUAAUCCUGACUUCAGUAUUAUAUAUUGUGAUACUUUGAUCUCUGAGCUGAGUGACUGGUCCUCGGAUGACACCAUUGGUAAAUCAAUCUAUGACCUCUGCCACCCUGGUGACCUUCAACAGAUGAGGAAAACACACAAAGAUUUAACAACAAAGGGACAAGUUUUGUCAGACUACUUCAGAAUGAUAAACAAGAAAGGAGGAUAUGUAUGGGCCCAGAUUUGUGCUAGCACUCUCUACAGCUCCAAAACAUCUGAUGUUCAUACUGUUCUCACCAUUGUCUAUAUCCUUAGUGGAGUGGAAUAUGAAAACUGUGCUAUGGACAUCUGUCAACUUCCAAAUUCAAUCAAAUUAGAGAUGGACCAGACAUCUUCACAUAAUGAUCUGAGCAUCACAAGAGAUCAAAUUAAAGACCAAGAAGAAAGCAGGCAUACCACUAGUCCAGGCAGUGUCAAAAUGGAAUCCCAUCCCUCACCUGAAUCCCAUGAUGAACCUUGUAGGAAGAAAAGGCCUUUGAGCAAUGGUUCAGAGAUUGAGGAACUCCAAGUCUCUCCAAGGAUUGAUCAUAAAUCUCCCCCUACCUUUGUUUCUCAAGACGAGGAAGUCUUGGCGACAUCAAAUUCAACAUCUACCUUGAAGAUGAAGAUGAACUGUAGCAAAGUGCUUUAUAAAAAUUCUCGGAGAAAAAUGGAUAAGCCAAGAAAAAGACAGAGAGGGAGCAUAGACAGUGAAAGCUUGAUAUUCCCAGACAGUUUUGGACAAGAAAUAUCCAACAGUAGUGAUAGUUUACACAGACGCUUAUCUUGUGCAAGUUUGAUGCAUGAUAAUGAUAGUGUUUCUCCUCCUCUCAAUGGCUACCAUUCUCAUUCAGAGUCACCAAAAUGUUUGGAAGACUACAGCAUGCCUGCACCGGAGGAUCUGUCUCUGAGAUCACCCAAUACCAGACAAGACACCCUGACAAACAUACAAAGAAAAAACUGUUGGCAAUCAUCUAGUGGUGUUGAUCAAAAUGGCAAUUGCAAUAUGUCCUCUGUAAAAUUCUUAGAGGAUGUAAUGAACAAACAUUUGCCAAAUCUGUCUCAGCUCACUAACCAUGACAUCAAGUCGGUUUCUGCAACAAUGAGCAACGUCAUUACAAGUAACGUUGUGUCCAAUUCUCUGAAUAAACAACAAUCUCAGAUUCAAUGGACAGGUUCAGAAACUGAAAUACACCCUGCAUCUAAUCUUUUACGAACUCUUCAUGCAAAACGAGAAUCAGUCAUUCGAAGCAGCAAUAGCUCCAGAACUUUUCCUGUGGACAGUACAGCCAUAAACAUGCUAACACCACCAGGAAAUGAUGGACUGAAGGAACAACUAACCCUAAACAUCCCCCAGAUUUCAGUGAAUGCCAAAGGUUCUGUUCUCCCCUCUUAUACCUCCGCUAGUCACCUGACUGUCUCCACGGCAUCCGAGAGUUUCAACAUGACUCCUCCCUCAUCAGUAUCACCCACAGAGAAACUCGUCUCCCCUUUUGGAAUGGAGGGAAGCUUUGACCCUGGUGUCUGCAGUAGCCUGACCCAUGUCACAAGUUCCCCAGUGACUCAAAAAUCUCAGACCUUUCCCCUGGCUGUGGCCUCAGCAGUGUCAGACUUUAACUGUAUAAAAACCACUGGCUACAAUAACAUAUCCCCGGAGUAUCAUGCCAAUGAGUACCCUCACUUCAGUCAUUCACAGAAUUCAUUCUUGUCCUAUGAUUUGAGACCAGAUACCUGGUAUCCUGUUUCAUUUCAAUCCUAAACAGGCAGUGCUCUUUGGUGUGGAAUAUCUACACUGAGAAAAAUUGUUCAGUAUUCAAAACUGUUUACUAUAUUGUUUCAAAUGCUGCUAUGUUUUAAUGUUGUUACUGUGUUCUUUUGUUGGGGUUGUUGUCAAAUCACUUGUUAGAUAGUAAACACUUAUACAUUACACACUUACCGGUAUAAUAGAAGUAUAUUAAAUAUGAAUCUUAAAUCUUGUGCUAUUGUUGAGAUCUUCAUAUUCAGUGUGAGCAUCUUGUGAAAAUAAAUAUGUAUUAAAACUUUGUCUUAGUGUGAGGAAAAAUGAAAACUAGCUGAAUCAAAAGAAUUUGAGAGAGAGAGAGAGAGAGAGAGAGAGAGAGAUUGUUGUUUGACAGGUUGUGUUUUCACCUGUAAUGUUUUGAAAUACUAUCCUUUAAAUUCAACAUUAAAAAUAAGGGUUGAUAUUUACAAUCUUUGAAUAAGUGUUCAAACUACAAGGCAUAAAGACAAUGUGUUCCAGAAAAGAAUUGCAAGAUUGUAAAACAUUGAACUUUAAUAAAAAGAAUUUACACUCA